AUGGAGACCGAAGCCAUGGCAAGUGAAAGCAUUGAUACCAACUUCGAGGUCCAUGGGAAUGGCAAUCAUCAACACAGCUCGCAACAGCAACCCGAGAACAAUGCUAUCUCGCGACAGUCAACAAUCAUCACAGCGACCCCGACGCAGCCAGUGUCAGUAGCAACAGCAUCCACACUGAAGACUUCUCGUAUUGCAGUCAUCAUGCUAUCCCUCAGUGCCAGCGUCUUCGUCUCCGCGCUCGACAUCACAAUCAUCUCAACCGCUUCCCCUGCCAUUGCAAGUCACUUCCGUUCAGCUUCUGGGUAUACAUGGAUCGGUAGCGCAUACACACUAGCUAAUACAGCUACGAUGCCUACAUGGGGUAGGAUAUCGGAUAUUUGGGGUCGCAAGCCGUUGCUCUUGGCUGGGCUGGUCAUCUUCUUCGCUGGCAGUCUGAUUUGUGCGGCGGCAGAUUCAAUCAGUCUACUGCUGGCGGGACGGGCAAUUCAAGGUGUCGGUUCGGCUGGUCUGAACAUUCUGGUGAAUAUUUGCGUGAGUGACUUGUUUGCGCUUAGGGACCGAGGAUUCUACUUUGGACUACUGUCUGUGGUAUGGGCAUUUGCGAGUGGUGUAGGACCUGUCCUUGGAGGCCUCUUUUCGGAAAAAAUAUCGUGGCGAUGGUGCUUUUAUAUUAACCUGCCAAUCAUCGGAGCUGUUUUUGUCUUACUGUGGUUUGCACUGAAUCUAAACAAUCCUCGAACUCCCGUAUGGGAAGGUAUCAAAGCCAUCGACUGGACAGGCGGAUCACUUGUCAUUGGAAGCACCCUGAUGCUUCUCCUAGGUCUGGACUUUGGUGGCGUCACGCGCCCAUGGAGCUCCGCAACUGUGGUCUGUCUUCUAGUCUUUUCCGUUAUUGUCGGAGCUCUAUUCGUUGUCAACGAGAAAAAGUUUGCAAGAUACCCCGUUAUUCCGAUGGAUCUUUUCAAAUAUAGAUCUGGCACUGGAUCGUUUGUUCUCUGUUUCUGUCAUGGACUCGUCUUCAUGGGACAAGCUUAUUAUCUGCCGUUGUAUUUCCAGGCUGUACUAGGCAUCAGCCCCAUCUUGUCAGGAGUUUAUUUCCUGCCCUUCAUUUUGGCAAUAAGUAUCUCGGGAGCACUGACCGGGUUUUUCAUCCAGAAAACGGGACGCUACAUGCCAACGACAUAUCUGGGGCUGGCUUUGAUGGCGCUUGGCGUGGGCCUCUUGAUCAAUCUCGAUGAAUAUCUCAACUGGCCAAAACUCAUAGCAUUCCAGAUCGUCUCAGGGGCGGGKAUUGGACUCAACUUUGAAGCACCUUUGCUCUCCCUGCAGGCGAUUGUGGGUAGCCUUAACGCUGCUACAGCCACCUCUACUAUCGGAUUUGUCCGGACCAUAGCCUGCGCAAUCUCUUUAGUCCUCGGAUCUGUGGUUUUUCAGAAUCAGAUGGUGAAGCAAGGUCCAACUUUGACAGCAGCUCUUGGGCCGUCGCUCGGAGGCCUUCUUUCGAGCGGAGAUGCGGCAGCGAAUAUCGGUGUGGUCAACUCGCUACCUCCGGCACAGCAGGCAGUUGCAAGACAUGCCUUGCAUCAUGCUCUGACAAGUAUGUGGAUUAUGUAUGUUGGUCUUGCUGGAGCUGCACUGGUCGGCGGUUGUCUCAUGAGCUCUCACCCGCUGAGUCGAGAACAUGAAGCCGUUGCCCUUGGGCUAGAAAAUAACCACCUCAGUCGUGGUGACGAUAUCUAG